GCAUGCACAGGUCCUACCAGCCGCUAAAGCCCGUCACCAACCGCUACCUGCAGCAGCGAUGCGACCACACUAACUACGAAAACCACCGCAGGAAGGUGAGCUCUGCCUUGCCUGUAGUGGACAACAAGGGCAUGAGGACACCAGCACAUGUCCAGCUCAAACUGAAAAAACUGCAGCUGCAGGAUGAGCGUCUGUCCAUCAUUGACAGAGACAACCGCCUCCUGGCCUCCAAGCUGGCCGACAUUGUUUGCUCUAAAGGCCUGGUGGACCAUCGCAACCAGUAUCACCUGAAGAGUUUGAAUGCUGACAAGAGGAGGGAGGAGCUUCUGCUGAUUGGCCGUCAGAAUCAGGCCAUCUACCAGCGCCUCACGUGUCGCCAGUCAGAGUACCGCCGCCAGCUGUGGUUGGAGGACUGGGAGAAGGCGGAUCGUCGGCGGGACGACAUUUCCCGAUACCCUCGUGGGCUUGCAGAGAAACAGAGGUCGCACAGGAAGGUGAAAUUUGCAGCUGUGGAGGGCAGCGAGUGAUCGACAAGCUGCAGCUACAGCGACACUGACAGGACCGGCAGAGAAAACUGAGACACAAACGCUAAAUGUUUUCCCCUUUUGGACAAACUAUCCUCAGCUAACUGCUUUAAUAACCCUAAAUCUGUCAAUCAUGGCUCAAAAACUACAACUACAGCAAGGAUGGCCCGCCAUGUCAAAUAAGCUUUUGCCACUAAAGUUAGUCUUUUAUUCUGCACUCUGGAAAACCCACAAAUAAUAGGCGUCCUUUUCUAGUCUUCCUGCUUUGUAUCUUUGCUGCUUUUGCAUCUCUAUUGUCCAGGUACGUGUGCACUAGGAAUUUGACUCUGGACUUUGACCUUGACUUGUACAAAAAUAAGAAUGACGGUAACACUUUACAAUAACCAUCAUUUAUAAAGUGUAUAUAGACCAUUUAGAACGGUAAAUACAUAAUUUUAUUAAUGUUUAACUAAGUAAAUCAUUUAAAAAUGGCUAAUAGAUGGUCUAUUAAUGUGAAUUUAUAGUUACUUUACCUUUACCUAGUUUAUUAAUAGUUUUAGUUGCACUCAUUUUAACACCAUAUUAAAUAUGUUAAUGAUUUUGAAAUGAUUCAUAUAUCUUUAAGAAAUUGGUUUGAACAUUUAACAUUUAAAUAUGUAUAGCACUUUGUAAAUGGUUAAUAAUUGGUCUAUAAACCAUCUAUAAACAUCACUUAGAUGGUUAUUGUAAAGUGUUACCAGAAUGACACAUAUACAAAGUCAGGUUGCUAAAAAUAUGUACAGGUAGUGCAAUGGUAGAAAUAAUUAGUCAGACGCUCCCGUUAUUCUAAAUCCCUGAUAGUUUGAUAAAUGUCCAGGUGGACUUAAAGCCAAUAAUUGCAACAGCCGGUUAUCCUGAAAAACAAAAAAACAAUUUCUCCAAAGGCCCAAUAGUCUGAAAAAACAGACACUGAUGUAAACUCGGUUCUUAGUGUGACUUGAUGCCUGUAAAAUACAUUUCCCCUUGGUAUAAGCUUGUUAAAGAUUACAUUAAUAACUAAAAAUGUAUUUUUUGCCCCACUGCUUUUCAGAAUUUAAAAAUAUUAGAACAUUUCUGCAUUUUAGAUCUAUCCAACAGAAUGCUGUAUGCUCUGUGUCUUCU